GAACAACAAAAGGUUCAUUCAGUACACAGACAGCAUUAAAGCAACAGCACAAAAGGAUAGGAAACUGCAAACUGCUCUCAUCAACAUCCCAUAGGAUAAAGAUUCAGGAAAACUGUCUUAGAUCAACAUGUAUCUUGCAAUCGCUAUACAACUCGGCAUUAUCUGCAUCAUCCAAGCAGCUACUCAAGGCGAUACCACAUCCUGUGGUGGCUGUUGUACUGCUCCUGCAGGGAUUCCUGGAAUUCCAGGCAGCCAUGGUGCUCCUGGCCCAAUAGGCAUGAAAGGAGAUAUUGGAGUAAAAGGAGAGAAAGGAAACCAGGGAUUAGAUGGAAAAGAUGGACUUCCUGGUAAAAUAGGACCAACUGGUCUACCAGGUGCUAUUGGUGAGAAAGGCGAAAGAGGAGAGAAAGGUCAACAAGCCUCCACAAACAGCCAGCCCAAAUCUGCCUUCUCAGUUGCAUUUAAGACAGAUCCAGGCCGUCUACCAGUUAGCCCAAUAAAAUACCCAUUAAUAAUUACCAACUUUGGAAAUCACUACAAUAAAGAAACAGGCAAGUUUGUCUGUCAACAUCCAGGCAUCUACAUCUUCCAAUUUGCAUCACUGUCAUCUAACAACAACAACAUUGUAACAAGCAUCAUGAAGAACGGGCAACGCAUUCUCUCCUCAUUUGAGAGUGGUUCAGACUACAAAUCAGUUAGCAACAUGGUAGUUCUUGAUUUAGUAGCAAAUGAUGAAGUGUGGACUGAGCCUCUGUCAACCAACUAUAACUAUUAUCAUAGUAAUGUCAACACCUACUGUUCUUUUUCAGGCUUCCUGCUUUAUGCAACUUCAAUCAAAAUGUAUCUUGCAAUUGCCAUACAACUCAGCAUUAUCUGUAUCAUCCAAGCAACUGCUCAACAUGAUACUCAAGCCUGUAGUGGUUGUUGUACUGCUGCUGCUGCAGGGAUUCCUGGAAUUCCAGGCAGCCAUGGUGCCCCUGGUGCUCCUGGUCCAAUAGGCUUAAAAGGAGAUAUUGGAGGAAAAGGAGAGAAAGGAAACCAAGGAUUAGAUGGAAGAGAUGGACUUCCUGGUAAAAUAGGACCAAUUGGUCUACCAGGUGCCAUUGGUGAGAAAGGCGAAAGAGGAGAGAAAGGUGAACAAGCCUCCACAAACAGCCAGCCAAAAUCUGCCUUCUCAGUUGCAUUCGAGACAGAUCCUGGCCGUCAUCCAAUUGGUCCAAUGAAAUACUCAUCAAUAUUUACAAAUGUGGGGAAUAACUACAAUAAAGACACAGGCAAGUUUGUCUGUCAACAUUCAGGCACCUAUGUCUUCCAGUUUACGUCAGGGUCAUCUGACAACGGAAACAUUGUAACAAGUAUCAUGAAAAAUGGACAACGUGUUGUCUCGGCGUUCGAGAGUGGAUCAGGCUACAAAUCACUUGGCAACAUGGUUCUUCUUGAUUUAGUAGCAAAUGAUGAAGUUUGGACUGAGCCUCUGUCAGCCAGCUAUAACUAUUACUAUAGUAAUACCAACAUUUACUGUACUUUUUCAGGCUUUCUGCUUUAUGCAACUACAUAAGGGAUUUUAAACAAUCUUUUAAGUACAAAUUUCAAAAGCCAAUUGUAACAGUUGUUAUGAGAAUGUGGACACAAAUAUGAAAACUGUUUCUAUUCUCUCUUAGAUUAUUAAAUGUUGUAAGUAUUACCAGUAAUUAAAAAAAAAAAGAAAGUAGAAAUGCUGCUUAUAUGUUACAAGCACAGAAUUAUUCAUUUCUUUUAGGAUUAAUAAUGUAAGACUUCAUAUUCCGCUUUUCGCUUCUUGUUUGUCACUGCUUUGAAUAUCAGUAAAGUAUACCUGAAUAUUAAGUGCUAUACAAUUACAUAUAAGGAAUGUCAAUAUAAGGUAAUAAUUACAACCAGAUCUGUAUUGCCUCCUGUUUUAUGCAUCAUUUUAAGUGUUUUGCAAAUUAUUACUAUUAAGCACCAAUUCUAAAUCUGAAAAUUGUAAAAAUGGACAAAAACAUGAAAAUUCUUUUUUUUUAUGAUUAGUAAAUAAUACAGUAUUAGUAAAACAGCUAAAAUAUUGGCUAGAUAUUAACACUGGAAUACAUAUAUAAGGCGUGUAUAAUGGUAUGGCUGACUCACCAGGUGUGUGCAGGUACGGCUGGCUCACCUGGUGUGUGCAGGCAUAGCUGACUCAUCAGGUACGUAUAAUGC